AUGGGUCCAUGUGCGACCUUCGUGGCUUUGCUGGCCCUCGGUAUAUUCCUAAAUUACCUGGUGCAGUUUUCCAAGGUGCAAACUCUGCCUGCAAGCGAGGCUCCCAUGGCGAUGUGGCAGCGACACCAGAACGAGGAUCUCCCCGAGCGGGUGCGGGGCGUUCUGUGGAUGAGAGGCAACACCUGUCCAGAGCUGAUGUUGACCUUGGAAGCUGCUGCGUAUGACAAGGCAAGUCGGGAGCUUCUGCUUCCGUUUGGAACCGGAUAUAGCUGGACCUACAACUCUGACUUUGCAGGUUGGCUGGAGUAUGGGGCAGUGACACUGAACAUGGCCUUCUUGAGCCCCGGCAAGCUCCGGGUGGUCUUCGACGAGGACUUUCGGUUCGGCACGGUGCAGAUCUCCUUCCUUGGCAUGGGCUUGUCGGGCCAUCUAUGGGGUAUGAACAACACGGAUGAUGUGGGAAACUUCUGGGACAGAGUAUAUUGGGAUGAUGGCAAGUGGCUCUUCAGGUAUGACAUCAAGAAGGUCCUUGAUGCGGGCGGAAAGAAGCUGCCAGUACAAUCGCAGAUGGUGAACUCCACACUCUCUGGAACCGUGGUGCAUGGGUCAACCUGCGGUCUCACGACCCAGGUGAAAACCUACAAGCAGCUGCUCCAUGGAGAUUUCUCUCUGCUUCAGAUCUUCUUGUCCCUCCUCUUCUUUGCACUUUGGUUCGGCUUGGCUUAUUUUUGCUUCAAGGACGGUACGAAGGCACCGUACUUCCACUACAAUCUGCUAUAG